AUGAGGUUCUUCUCUCCGGUCCUAACCGCAGUCGCUCUCGGCGUUGCUGCGCAAGACGAUUCACCAAUUGGCGCCAUAUUUAGCGAAGUCUUCGGCGGUCAAAACCAAGAUACCUUGUCCACGGACUCGGGCAUCGUGUCGGCUGGUGAAACCGUGCAUUCCAUCUCGAUCCGCACCGGCCAGGGCGUCAAUGGCGUCGGAAUCAACCUCACUGACUACUGGGGCAAGAAGGCCAACGGGGGCAAUGAGUUCGUCAAGUGCAUGGAGGCCCACUGGGGUGACAGCAACGGCAAAACCCGCAUCAGGUACAUCAAGCUCACCACCGAUACAGGCAAGUCUAUCUCUGGCGGCACCACCACGACCAAGACCGCAACCAUUUGUGCUCCAGACGGGUUCGAGCUGGGUGGCUUCAUUGGUUACGCGGGCGUUGGGCCCGACGCGGUGGGCGUGAUUUGGACCAACCUUCAGCCCAUCGACUAG